AUGGAUACAGGACCGAAACAGAAGAGAAAAAUCAAUCCACGUUACAAAGCGAAUCUCUUUUCUGCGUUAACUUUUGGCUGGACAUUAGAAACGUUUAAGCUCGGUUACCGUCGUGACAUUCGAGAAAAUGAUUUAUACGCUCCCCUGCCAGAGCAUCAGUCUGAUACAUUAGGUGAUGCAAUGCAAAAGGCUUGGGAUCAUGAACUGGAAUACUGCCGCAUGAGAGGUGACGAUAUCAAUCCUAGUUUAUGGAAAGUACUCAUGAAAGUGUUUGGCGCUGAACUUAUGCUUUAUGGUCUAAUACUUGCAGCUAUGGAGUUUUUGAUACGGUUACAACAGCCGCUUUUCUUGGGUCUAUUGUUACGAUAUUACAGCCCAGCUCAAGAUUUAUACAAUAGCACGGUUGAUUCAACGUACCUCUCUCGGUUGUUUUCUUACUACGAUAGAGAGAGUGGAGUGCUUUGGGGAGAGGCGGUAUUUUUUGCAUUUGGUGUUGUAUUUUGCAGUACCGCUAAUGUCAUGGUGGCGCACCCUUUCAUGAUGGGUGUCAUGCAUAUAGGAAUGAAAAUGAGAGUAGGUGUAUGUAGCCUUAUUUAUAGGAAGUCUUUAAAAGUGAGUCUCCAAUCUAUGUCGGAAAGCGGCGCAGGACUUGUAGUAAACCUAAUGGCGAACGACGUGAACCGAUUCGAUACAGGCCCUUCAUUUAUCCAUUACCUUUGGAUAGGUCCCGUUGAAACCUUGUUAAUGACAGUAUACUUGUACAGAGAAAUGGGUAUGCCUGCAGUAUAUGGAGCGCUUAUCGUUGUGGCUGUUGUUCCCUUCCAAAUAUAUCUUGGAACUUCCACUGCUUUUUACAGAAGUGACACCGCAAUAAAAUCGGACGAAAGAGUUAAAUUAAUGAAAGAAAUUAUAAUGGGCAUUGAAGUGAUUAAAAUGUACACCUGGGAAGCGCCAUUUAGAAGCAUCAUCGACACUGUUCGACGGCAAGAAAUACGAAGUAUCAAAAUGUCGUCGUACAUCCGUGGCGUGAUCAUGUCUUUCAUAAUGUUUACGGCGCGCUUCAGCAUAUUCAUCACCGUUCUUCUCUAUGUCACCUACGUGAACCGAAUCACUGUGGAGAACGUUUUUUUCCUCACUUGCUACUACAAUAUCAUGAGGCAAACUAUGACUUUGUUUUUUCCACAGGCUGUUGGACAAAUAGCAGAAAUGCACGUAGCGAUACAGCGAAUCCGUGACUUUUUAAUGAGCGAGGAAUGUCACCUGCCAACUGGCGAGCAGAUGUCAACUGAUACCAGAUUUCAAAAAAAGAAACCAAAAAAAAGAGUAACAAUUUCAACCGAUCCUAUAGAAGCCACGAAAAAACAUUCCCCUGUUAGACUUCUACCAGAUCCGAGCACUUCAAAAGGAAGUCCAAAGGAAAAAAGUAAGCGGGCUUCAAAAGAAAUUGCUAUUAAAUUCGAAAACGCUUUUUGUCGCUGGAUUAAAUCGUCAGACAAAGAAGACGUCAAGGAUAUCACUUUGAAUAUUUUUUCAGGCUCGCUUACUACUAUAAUAGGAGCGGUUGGUUCAGGCAAAUCCACAAUUUUACACAUGAUGCUCAAUGAAUUACCCACCUCUAGUGGCAGUAUGAAAGUAACCGGCACUGCGAGUUACGCUAGUCAGGAUCCAUGGUUAUUUGUUGGGUCAGUCCGACAAAACAUUCUGUUUGGUCAGCCAUUUCAUAGAACUCGUUAUAUGGAAGUGUGUAAGGUGUGCGCACUCGAAAGAGACCUUUCCCUGUUUCCUCAUGGAGAUAAAACUGUAAUUGGUGAGCGAGGAGUAUCUCUUAGUGGGGGCCAACGGGCAAGAAUAAACCUAGCUAGAGCUGUGUAUAAAGAGGCUGAUAUAUAUCUUUUAGAUGAUCCAUUAUCAGCGGUGGAUACACACGUGGCAAGACAUAUUUUUGAGAACUGCAUUAAAAGCUACUUAUCAGAUAAAACAGUGGUUCUAGUGACUCAUCAAAUACAGUUCAUUAAAUCCGUGGACCAAAUCGUUAUAAUGGAUAAAGGCAAUAUUCUCGCCGAAGGAACUUUUGAAGAUUUGAACGAAAAGGAAUUAGCAAUAAUACAACUAAUGCAAGAUAAAACUCGCGAAGUACGCGAAGAAGAGUCUACACCAAAUCUGCAAAGUCACUCCAUGCUUCUCCCCAGCGCAGUCAGCUUAACCCGACGUCGCUUGUCAAUCAUAUUAGGCACUUCUAGCUUUGCUGAUCAAGAACUAGAAGCAGAGGCACAGGCCAUAGGAAGAGUCCGUGGAUCGGUGUACAAAGAAUAUUUCUUAGCGGGCACAUCUUACAUUUAUGUUUUUAUAGUCUGUAUUAUGUUCAUUCUCGCGCAGUUUUUUGCUAGCGCCUGCGACUUUUGGAUAAGCAAAUGGAGUCUUAUUGAAGAUCAUUUGACGGGAGACCCUACCAUAGACAACUUAAUAUGGUCACAAGAAGGCUUGUAUCGCAACCACUACGUUGUUAUAUUCGGCAUUCUUACAGUUGCGACCGUAGCCGUUGCCCUAUUUCGAGCUUUUCUGUUCUUUUCGCUGUGCAUGAAGUCCUCUAUAAAGUUACACGAUCAAAUGUUCGACUGCAUAUCACAAUCGCCUAUGAGUUUUUUUCACGCAAAUCCAUCAGGCAGAAUAUUGAAUCGCUUUAGCAAAGACAUGGGAUCUGUUGACGAGCUGUUGCCACAAGCAAUGUUAGAUUGUUUUCAAAUAAUUUUAAACCUAGUGGGAGUGAUUGUGGUAAUACUGAUGACUGAUAUCACCAUGUUAAUACCUAUCACUACGUCUCUGAUCAUUUUCUACAUUUUUCGUGUUAUAUACGUGCGCACUACCAGCGCUAUUAAACGUCUAGAAGGGAUCACUCGUAGUCCAGUAUUUGGUCACGUGAACGCCACGGUAUUGGGUCUUGCAACGAUCCGCUCAUUUGGCGCGCAACAGCUGCUUACGCAAGAGUUCGACCGCCAUCAAGACCUGCAUAGCGCGGCUUGGUACCUCUUCAUCGCGUGCAGCCGAGCCUUUGGAUACUUCCUCGAUGUUAUCUGUUUACUGUUCAUUAUCUGCGUCACGUUCAGUUGCUUGAUGAAAACCGAUAUCGAAGGUAGCAAUGUCGGCCUUGUUAUAACUCAGUCAAUAUCUCUAACUGGUAUAUUCCAGUGGGGUAUGCGGCAGUCAGCGGAGAUGGAGAAUCAAAUGACUAGUGUAGAAAGGGUUCUUGAAUAUACAAAACUGCCACAGGAACCUGCACUGGUAAUUGAGGCUGAUAAAACACCUCCUGAAGAUUGGCCGUCGGAAGGAGCUAUACAAUUCGACAACCUUAGUUUAAAAUAUACUCCUGAUGGCAACAACGUACUUCAUAAGUUACACUUUGAUGUUCGUCCACAAGAGAAGAUCGGCAUCGUGGGUAGAACUGGUGCUGGGAAGUCCUCCAUAAUACAAGCCAUGUUCAGACUGGCGUAUCUGGACGGAUCAAUAAGAAUUGAUGGCAUUGACAUAUCUACAAUUGGUCUACAUGAUUUAAGAGAAAAAAUAUCUAUUAUUCCUCAGGAGCCAGUCUUAUUUAGUGGCACGUUGAGAAAAAAUUUGGAUCCUUUUAACGAGUUCCCCGACGAACUGUUAUUAAACGCUCUAAGCAAUGUCGAGUUGCUUAACAUUGAAGAAGGUGUAGGUGCUUUAUACAAACAAGUAUCCGAGUGUGGAACUAACUUCAGUGUAGGUGAGCGCCAGUUGGUGUGUCUAGCGCGCGCUAUUGUACGCAAUGAGCGCAUUUUGUUGCUGGACGAGGCGACCGCCAACGUGGACGCGCAGACCGACGCGCUCAUUCAAACUGCAAUCAGGCUGCACUUUAGUGGAUGUACCGUAAUCACUAUAGCCCACAGGCUCAACACCGUCAUCGACUCGGAUAAAAUACUGGUGUUGGAUGCGGGGCGUUUGAUGGAAUUUGAUCAUCCGCAUAUACUACUACAGAACAAAAAAGGCUACUUUCGUAAAAUGGUAGCGGAGACGGGUCCGGCUAUGACGGCAAUGUUACAUAAGAUGGCAAAAGAGAGUUACGAGAGUAAGCAAAAAGAAGAAUGA